AAUAAUUCAUAUGCUCUCUGCAACUGCAACGAACCCUAGCCCUGCUCGCUCACCUGCCGCAUCCCCUCGCCCUGGCGCCGGCGCCGUCGCCACCGAAAUCCCCCGCAAAAGAUGGGUCGCGUCCGCACGAAGACGGUGAAGAAGUCCUCCCGCCAGGUAAUUGAGCGGUAUUACUCUAAGAUGACACUAGAUUUCCACACCAACAAGAAGAUUCUGGAAGAGGUGGCUAUCAUCCCUUCAAAGCGCCUCCGCAACAAGAUCGCUGGAUUUUCCACCCAUCUGAUGAAGAGGAUUCAGAAAGGACCCGUUCGUGGUAUCUCUUUGAAGCUUCAGGAAGAGGAGCGUGAGCGCCGCAUGGAUUUCGUGCCCGAUCAAUCCGCAAUUGAGGUCGAUCGCAUUGAGGUUGACCAGGAGACUGUGGAUUUGUUGGAGUCGCUCGGCAUGAAGGACCUGCCUGGUGUCGUGCUUAGAGAGGACCAAGGUCCUGUAGGCGUCGUCCCACCCGUCAGCUACGGUCGUGGUGGUCGUCGAUACUAAAAGAUACGACUCCUCUUUUGCUCAGUUAAUAUAGUAUUCACUUUUGAAUGCUGCUUGACAAUGAGUUGCUCCUGUUUUAGAUACAUCGCUUAUGCUCUAUGGUACUUUUAUCUAUUAUUUGUUAUCUGUGAGACUACCCGAUUUUGAGUUUUGGGAAAUUAUUUUUGAUCGGUUAUGACAUGUUUUGCAUUCAA